AUGUUUCCAUCAAAUAAAAAUUUACUUCAAUUGUCACAACAACAACACAAACAAUCGAUUCAACAACAACAACAACAAAUACACCAAGUUCAACAAGCGCAUCAAAUUCGACAACAACAAGCACAACAAGCUCAACAAAAUGCAUUCAAUAUUCAAUAUAAAGAUCUUACACCACAACAGAAAGAACUUUUAAAAGUUCAUAAUUCUAUAGUGAGUGAUCUUAAUAAUCAUACCAACAAUAAUAAUUUAAAUAAAUCCUCAUCAUCAAUUCAAAAAAAACCACAACAACAAAAACAGCAACAAGCACAAACACAACAAGCACAAACACAACAACAGCAACAUCUACAUCAACAGCAACAACACCUUAACAAUCAACUUUUCCAGCAACAACAACAAGCACAACAACAGGCACAACAACAAGCUCAACAACAACAAGCUCAACAACAACAAGCUCAACAACAACAAGCUCUACAACAACAAGGUCAACAACAACAACCUCAACAACCAAGACCAUUGCACAGUAGUUAUAUACCAUCAGUUUAUAUUCAAGCAAAACAAGUUGUUAAUGAAAUAGUGGUAAACUUUGAUGAGGAUAUGCAAAAUAUAUUAGGUGCUACAUGUUUGGACUAUUUAAAUAUAAAUUUUAAUUUUGAACAAUUAGUUGAUCAUAUAUUAUCAUCAGAACCAACAGAUUACUUUGGAAUAUUGGGUAUUAAAUAUUCGUUUGCAUGUCAAUCAACAAUAAAAAAUGCAUUUAAUACUAUUUUGGCUAUAAUAGGACAAAAUAAUGUUAAACCAAGAUAUAGAGAAGCUCAUACAAGAGUUUUAAUUGCAUAUGAUAAAAUAAACUCAGAUACUAAAAAAUUAGCAGCAGUUUUUUCUCACAAAGUUACAUGUCCAAAUUGUAAGCAGUAUUGUUUUAUAUCUGAAGGUGUUGAUAAAUUUUUGGCACAUUAUGUGGCAACUUGUCAUUCUUGUAGUAAAAAUUUUCUUUAUCAAUCAUGUUAUUAUUGUAAAGCAAGUUAUUCAAUACCAGAAUCACCAAAAUCAGUAUCAGGAUCAUGUGUAUGUGUAAUUUGUAGGGAGACAAUUUAUAUUAGUACUUGGUAUGAGAGAAGAACACGCAUUGCAUCAGAGGUUCAAACAUUUUAUAAACAAAAGAGAUAUAGAGCUGAAGAAAUUAAAUUAUUAUUGACAAAAUUAACAAAUUGGAGAAAAACUAAAUUGGCAGAAUGUAUAAUUGCAUUGGAAUCAAUUCAUCCAUUCGAAAAGAGUCCAGAGUUUUAUGAAUUCUAUGGUAUACCACCAAAGAAAUCAUCAACAGCUAUUUUCAGCUCUAAAGUGAUCGAUGAGAGUCAAGUGAAUGAUAUUUGUAAAUUGUAUAAAGAGUUGGAUAGAUUGGAAAUUAAUGGUGGUGCAAAUGCAGAUGAUCCAAGUAAACCACCAUUCGCUGUAUUCUCUCCAACUAAAGAUCAAGAGAAACUUCAAGAAGCCAUACUUUUGCUAUUGCUUAGACAGUAUCAACAGAAUAAAGAAUUUAUUAGUGUAUUGACUGUUUGUUAUAAUCAAAUUGAUAAAAUAAAACGUACCAAUUUAGAAUUGGUUCAUAAACAAUACCAAAUUCAACAACAACAACAACAACACCAAUACCCACUUCAACAACCAAGCAGUUUGAUACAAUCACAGAUCGACCAUUUGACUCAGAUUAAUUCAUCGAUUGAGACACAACAUGUGGCAUUGGCAAACCUUGCAAAACAAUUAGAGUCAAUACAAGAGAAAAUCUAUGAGGGUGAUAUAUUUGGUUUGAGAAAAAGACAACAACAAGAAAGAGAACUCGAAAGAAAUUUCAAUAAUAAUAUCUCUCAACAGGCUCAUUCACUUUUUUCAAAAUUCUUAAAAGAAUCAACUUAUUUACAAUAUAUAAAUGAUUCAAUUUUAGAAAAAGCAAAAAAAUUAGUAGUCACUCAAGCUCUCUCUAACAAUACCAAAAUUCAAAGAGUAUUGGCCUCUUUUUCUCAUAAUAAUUCACCACAACUACAAGAAACUAAAUUACCAUCAAUUAGUCAAUCAAUUAGUCAACAACAACAACAAUCUCAACAACAACAACAACAAGUUCAACAACAACCGCAACAAGCUCAACAACAGGUCCAACUACCACAAACACAACAGCAACAGCAACAAGCUCAACAGCAACAAGCUCAACAGCAACAAGCCCAACAGCAACAAGCACAACAACAACAACAACACCACCAACAGCAACAAGCUCAACAACAACAAGCCCAACAAGCACAACAACAACAAGAACAACAACAACAAGCACAACAACAGGCACAACAACAACAGGCACAACAACAACAACAACAGGCUCAACAACAACACCACCAACAACAACAAGCACAACAACAACAACAACAGGCACAACAAGUACAACAACAACAAGCACAACAACAACAAUUGAAUAGAAGCCUACAAAACAACAAAAAUACAACACAACAUCCUCAACAAAAUCUAAUACCAUUUGUACCAGUGAGCCCAUCAAAUAGAUUUAUUGGAACAGAUCAAAAUAGGUCACCACAAUCAUCUCCAACAUUUGGUUCAAUUUCUGAUGCACUUCAUAAAUUUAAUCCAAGUUUUAUUACACCGAUUAGUGAAAUUGCUCCACAAUCUCAAAAUAGAAUUGUGGCACCACAAUCUCCUCCAUCACCACCUGUACAAAACCAACAACAACAAAAUCAACAACAACAACAACAACAACAACAACAACAACAACAACAACAACAACAACAACAACAACAACAACAACAACAACAACAACAACAACAAGCACAACAACAAGCACAACAACAGCAACAAGCACAACAACAGCAGCAACAACAACAGCAACUAGCAGCACAACAACAACAACAAAACAAUCAACAAUAUCAACAAUACCAACAAAAAUUCUACCAAUACCAACUAAACCUACAACAACAACAACAACAAGCUAAUAAUAAUAAUAAUAAUAAUAAUAAUAAUAAUAAUAAUAAUAAUAAUAAUAAUAAUAAUAAUAAUAAUAAUAAUAAUAAUAAUAAUAAUAAUAAUAAUAAUAAUAAUAAUAAUAGUAAUAAUAAUAAUACAGCAGCAUCAUCAUCAUCAUCAUCACCAAUAAUAAGAACAGAAAUUCCAAUAAUAUAUAGUACUGGGAAUUCAUUGAUGGAGAUUGAAAAAAGACUCAGAAUCAAAGUUCAUGAAGCAUGGAAAGAGUUUAAUGAAAUAGCAGAGAGAAGAAAUAAAUCAACUUAUACAGGUCCAGUUUUAUUAUUGACAUGGGUUGAUCCAGAAAAAGAAAGAUUAAAACAAUUGAAACUUGAAGAGGAAGCUCGUAUUAGAAAAGAAAAAAUAAAGAGAAGAAAGUUAUUGAAACAACAAAAAAAAGAAAGAAAACUAGAAUUAAAACGUUUACAAAAAUUAGAAAGACUUAAAAAGAAUAAUAUUGGAGAAGUUGAAAUUGAUAGUAAUAAUAAUAAUAACAAUAACAAUAAUAAUAACAAUAAUAAUACUAAUAAUAAUAAUAGCAACAACACCAGUGAAGAGAAAUCAACUGAUAAAAAGAGAAAGCUUGAGACAGAAGAGGAAAAAGAUGAUGGUAAAAAACAAAAAGUGAGACCACCACAACAACCACAACCACCACUCCAACAAACUGGCAUACCUGCUAUUUCAUUUACAAAGAGAAAGGUUGAUGAUAGUAGCAAUAAUAAUACACCGCCACCGGUUGAUAUUGAUCUUAAUGAUCAUUCAUCCACACAAAAGCAACCACCAAUACAAAAACCACAGCUUAUUCAACAACCAUCAAAAUCGUCUUUAUCUUCAAUACCUUCCACUAUAAACAAACCAUUAACUGGUGGAGCUACAACAAUAACGAAUAAAACAACAACCACAAUUCCAUCAAGAAUAUCAACAGCAACUUCAACAACUUCUUCAUAUAAACCACCAACAACAACGACAAUAACAACAACGACAAUAACAACACCACCAACAACAACAACAACAACAACAACAAGAUCAGGGACAAUUGUACCACCUAGUAAAUUGGCCAAACCACUUGGUAGACCUACACCUCAAGUACCGAUUUCUUCAUCUUCAAAACUAGUGGAUAUAGAACCACCAAUUAAAUCUGCUCCAUUACCAAUAUCAACUUCAAAAACUCAAACUUCCACCUCAAAUCCAUCUUCAACAUCAUCACCAUCUUUAACUUCAUAUUCUUCCACUAAAUCACCAAGUAAAUCUUCUUCAUCUUCCUCUUCCUCAAAAAGCUCAUCAUCUACAUCAUCAAAUAAAACACCAAAGAAAACAACGCCAACCCCUUCUGAAGAAGGAAAAGAUUUUAUUGAUGAUAAUGUGUUUAACUCUGAUAUCUACCAAACCGAAAUUGAUGAAAAAGACUCUGGUAAUAUUUUCAAUGUUGAGAGAAUCUUGGAUAAACGUGUUAAAAAUGGUAAAACAGAGUAUCACAUUAAAUGGGAGGGUUAUCCAAUGGAAGAUUCCACAUGGGAAGCAAAAGAGGAUUGUUUCUGUUAUGAAAUUAUUGCUCUCUUUGAAAAGGAAUAUGCCAAAAGGAAUAAAAAUAAAAAAUAA